AACCUUAUCCUUCCUUACCCGAACUAACAGAUUCGGUCCACCCGCCCUACAUAUAUAAGGGGUCCAUCUUCUUUUCUCCUUGCUCCAAAGCUUUCACAAAAUCAACAGAAAAUUGGAAGAAUUUUCGAUUACGCUGCUUAAAGAUUUGUAAUUUUUUUGGUUCCAACUGCUCAUGAAUGGAGCAAAUCCUUUGAAGUUACUCAUUGAAAUGAGUUGAAGUCAGGGGGAGGAGGGAUGUCUUCAUUUGGACUAUUCAAAAUUUAAGGGAUAAGUAAACACAAUUGGUAGAAUGGCUCUAGUUGCGGGAGGAAGGUCAACAUUGAACCCCAAUGCCCCUCUGUUUAUUCCUGCUGCAUAUCGCCAAGUGGAGGAUUUCUCUCCAGAAUGGUGGCAACUGAUUACAACUUCAACAUGGUUUCGGGAGUAUUGGAUCAGCCAGCACCAGGAUGAGGAUGGUUUCUAUGACAAUGCUGAGGAUGAUGGCUUUGAUAGCCAAGACAUUGUUGAUUUGCUGCCAGAUACCUUUGACCUCGGUGCUGAUGAAGAUCUCUCUGGUAUGGAUCUUCAGUUUGAAGAGCUCAUCCAGUCUUAUGAAAUGGAAAGCACAUCACCUCCUUUACCAUCAAACGGCUUUCAAAGGGAUGCUGAAACCCUGAUGAAGAAUCUGAGUUUGUUGCAAUCAAGUCCAAGGUCUUCAGCAGAACCAGCAAAAUAUGCUGAGAAGCCAGCCAAGAAUGUGCAACCUAAAAGCAGCCCACGUUGCAUUCAGCAGCCCCGCUGAAAGAGUCUCAAUUAGCCAUACAGGUUAUGAUCUGUCAAGUUCAUCGGUAGUGUAUUUUCCAGUUAGUGUAACUAUAACAUCUGUAAAGACCAAGGAUAUUUAACUCUUGUAUCAAUCCUUGUUCAUCUCAUGUCUUUGUUUCUCGUUAACAAAAAAUGAAAAAACAAAAGAGGAAAAAAUAAUUGUAAAAUUUUAGAAAAAGAAAAAAAAGAGAAUUAUCUAUCACCAUCUCAAUGAAUCUUUAGAUCUAUUGUGCAAUCUAUGCCCAUGUAAAUGGAAUGGAAGCAGUAAUUGACUGUCUUAUUUCAA